AUGCACUUAUUCCGCGAUUCAGUCUUACCAGCCAUCGACAUCAUCAAGACCAAGCACACCGCACAACAUCUGAACAACUACAGACAAACAGCCAUGACAUUAACCUCCUGGCUAACAAGCUCCCCCGCGCAACCCAUCGAUACCACCGACCCCAACAGCUUCACCUCUCUCGUCAACAAGAUGAACCUCGCUUCCAUAAAAGCCGACGCCGAAAACAGCUACAAAGAAAAAUAUCUUCGACUCCGUAGGCAUAUCGACUCAGACACCGUCCAUAACGGCCUUCGUGCUGAGAUCGCCUCUCUCUUAGCCAACAAAACCGAAUACGAGGCUAAACUUCGAGACACUGAGAAGGCGAAAACGAGCGCAGACAUGCAGGUCGUUGCGCUCGAUCUCGUGAUCAAGGAUACGAACGUGUACUACAAGUCCAAGCUGGAGACUGCGGAAGCGCAGACUAAGGUUCUUAAGGCGGAGAAUAGGAGGCUGAGGAAAGAUGAGGAGGACAUGAGAUGUUUGCUUUCAUUACAUGGGGUUCGUGUACCAACACCAGGUUCUACGAAUGAUGACACGCAGACACUGGAAUCAGAGUUUGAUAUGGAGCUGUUGGAGGGUAGCGGUAUUGAAGACGAUUGGCGGACUGAAUCUAGUGAUUUGGGUACGGACUCGACAGAUGUUUGCCCUCAGUGGUAUAAUUAUGGUAGGUGUAGUCAGGAUGGCAGUGAUGCUGCUGAGAAGUGCGAGCUUGGUGUGCAUCCACGUCUUCUUGACUUUGGUACGAUUCUGAAGGAGUAG